UCGGUCACUACAUCGCGGAGACUGACAGGGAGGAGUUUACUCCAAAACGACAUUAAUCUAACGUGUGUUUGCAAUAUUAUAGGAGGUUUUCUUCGCGGAUUUUUUGUUUGCUUAUGUAUGCAAUGAACAGUCUUGCAGCUGCAUUGCACUGGAGUAAGUUAUGAGGAAAACUGCUGCAGCACUAGCAACUCCUCGUAAGUAUCUGAUGAUGUGAUGAUUCUGACAGGAGCGAAACAAGACUGACAGGACGACAGCAGAGCUCUGACUUUUUCCUUGAGUGACCAACACCAUAUUUUACUGCUGGAAAUGCUUGGGUCUCAAUGCCACAGUGAUCAGAAUUUUCACCAAUUCAUCAGUAAAUGCUGAAUAUUUCUACCAUCUGUUCAACCAGGGGGAAAAACUUGAGAUCUUCAUAACAUAACACUGUACAGGUGGAGUUUAUUAAAGAGGAGAGUGAAGACAUGAGUGAUCCGGAACCAUCCCAAAUAAAAAAUAAAGAUGAAAAUGAGGAACAAAGAGAACUGGUGGAAGGAACAGAGGAAAGUCAAGAAAUGAAUGAAUCAGCGUGGAACCAUGAAUCAGACCAUCAGUAUCAGAAACCUCAGCAUAUCACAGCUGGAGAAAAAUCAUUAAGCUCAUCACAGAACGUCGGCCAAGAACAAACUAAAGGAAGCGAAGCCCGGCCGUUCACGUGCCUUCAGUGCGGGAAGACCUUCAAACGGGCCACGGAUGUCAAAGGUCAUCUGCGCUAUCACUCCGGCGAGAGGCCGUUCACCUGCGAUCAGUGCGGGAAAAAAUUCAUCCUGGCGUCGCACUUAAAAACACACCUGUCCAUCCAUUCAAACGAGAAGCCUUUCUUGUGCUCUAUUUGUGGCAAGAGCUUUUCACGCCUGUGCACUUUCAAAGAUCACGAGAACAUCCACACGGGCGUGAGAGCUCACGUGUGCUCCGAGUGCGGGAACACCUUCAUCACGUCCAACGCGCUGAAGAUGCACCAGCGCGUUCAUACCGGAGAAAAACCCUACAAGUGCUCGCACUGCGGCAGGAGCUUCAGUCACUCCGGAGCGCUGAAGAGACACGAGCGCGUUCACACCGGAGAGAGACCGUACCACUGCCCUCUCUGCGGGAGGAGAUUCACACAGUCCAGUAAUCUACUGACUCACAUCAAAAGACACUGUCCGAAAUCACGGUGAUCGACGUGCAAAUGAGGACGACAUGUAAAUACAGUGACAUUCAGGAGGAAUUACAGAAAACUGCAGAUAUGCCAUUAGUGAUGAAUUCACCUGUACAACAGCCAGUGUGCUCACAUUGUUUUUAUAUUUCUGUUUACAUGCUCUUAAUAAUGCAGAUUAAAGUGAUAAAUUAACAUGA